GGGGCGCGCCGAGCGCGGGCAGCGGGGCUGGGACACGGCUCGGCAGGACGGAUCGGCUCAGCUCGGCACGGCGCACGGGAGUAGGUUUUUUGUUCCUGUGAAAAGAGUGACAGCUCACAGAUGCUGCUAGGAAUCUCUACUGCAUAGCUGGGAAAAGAGACUAUUACUGUGACCUUCAAGAGAAGCGAAGGUGUAGUGUCUCUGCAGGAGGCCUAAUUUCUGAUGUUUUGAAGUACGCCCUAGAUUCAUGAGAUGGCCAACACCAUGCAAAUCUCCAAGGAUGAGCUGGAGGAACUUAAGGAGGCCUUUGCCAAAGUUGACCUCAACAGCAAUGGUUUCAUCUGUGACUAUGAGUUGCAUGAGCUCUUCAAGGAAGCCAACCUGCCUCUUCCUGGGUACAAAGUCAGAGAGAUCAUCCAGAAACUCAUGAUCGACAGUGACAAGAAUAAAGAUGGGAAGAUUAGUUUCGAAGAGUUCGUCUAUAUUUUCCAAGAAGUGAAAAGCAGCGAUAUCGCUAAAACGUUCAGAAAGGCAAUUAACAGGAAGGAAGGAAUCUGUGCAAUCGGAGGCACCUCGGAGCUCUCCAGUGAGGGGACGCAGCACUCUUAUUCAGAGGAAGAAAAAUAUGCCUUUGUAAACUGGAUAAACAAAGCCCUGGAAAAUGAUCCCGACUGUAGGCAUGUUAUUCCAAUGAACCCAAAUACAGAUGACCUGUUCAAAGCUGUGGGAGAUGGGAUUGUACUAUGCAAAAUGAUCAACCUUUCUGUUCCGGACACAAUUGAUGAAAGAGCAAUUAACAAGAAGAAACUCACACCGUUCAUAAUUCAGGAGAACCUGAACCUGGCGUUGAAUUCUGCAUCUGCCAUUGGGUGUCAUGUUGUCAAUAUUGGUGCAGAGGACUUGAGGGAAGGGAAACCCCACCUGGUCCUUGGGCUUCUCUGGCAAAUUAUUAAGAUCGGCUUGUUCGCUGACAUCGAGCUCAGCAGAAAUGAAGCACUGGCUGCCUUACUUCGUGAUGGUGAAAAUCUGGAGGACCUUAUGAAGCUAUCCCCAGAAGAACUGCUCCUAAGAUGGGCCAACUUCCACUUGGAAAACGCAGGCUGGCACAAAAUCAAUAACUUCAGCGCAGAUAUUAAGGAUUCCAGAGCUUAUUACCACCUCCUCAAUCAAAUUGCACCUAAAGGGCAGAAAGAAGGAGAGCCUCAGAUUGAUAUUAACAUGUCAGGUUUCAAUGAGAAGGACGACUUGCGGAGAGCAGAGUACAUGCUUCAGCAGGCAGAUCGGCUUGGCUGCCGGCAGUUCGUCACACCAGCUGAUGUAGUUAGUGGCAAUCCCAAAUUGAACCUGGCCUUUGUUGCCAACCUGUUCAACAAGUAUCCAGCACUUACCAAGCCUGAAAACCAGGACAUCGACUGGACACUACUGGAAGGAGAGACACGUGAGGAACGGACCUUCCGCAACUGGAUGAACUCCCUUGGUGUGAACCCUCAUGUAAAUCACCUCUAUGGUGAUCUCCAAGAUGCACUGGUAAUACUACAGUUAUAUGAAAAGAUCAAAGUUCCUGUUGACUGGAAUAAGGUUAACAAGCCUCCGUACCCUAAACUUGGAGCAAAUAUGAAAAAACUAGAAAACUGUAACUACGCUGUAGACUUGGGAAAGCAUCCAGCUAAAUUCUCCCUGGUUGGCAUUGGAGGACAGGAUCUGAAUGAUGGAAACCCGACACUGACACUAGCCUUAGUCUGGCAGUUGAUGAGAAGGUACACGCUGAAUGUCCUCGAGGACCUGGGUGACGGUCAGAAAGCUAAUGAUGACAUUAUAGUCAGCUGGGUAAACCAGACCCUGAAAGAAGCUGGCAAGUCCACCUCCAUCCAGAACUUCAAGGACAAGACUAUCAGUACAAGCUUGGCAGUUGUGGAUUUAAUUGACGCUAUACAGCCUGGUUGUAUCAACUAUGACCUUGUAAAGACUGGUAAUCUAUCGGAAGAUGACAAACAAAAUAAUGCUAAGUAUGCUGUGUCCAUGGCAAGAAGAAUUGGUGCCAGAGUUUAUGCGCUUCCAGAAGAUCUUGUGGAGGUGAAACCAAAGAUGGUCAUGACCGUGUUUGCCUGCUUGAUGGGCAGAGGAAUGAAGCGAGUAUAAAGGGGUUGAUCCAUACAAAGAAAAAAAAAAAAAGCAAAAUGCAACAAAAACCCAACCUGCCACCCUGGGUGCAUGAGUAGCAGAUCAGCUCUGACCAUGUUGAAAUGCUGUUGGCCUAAGAACUGUUGAAGUUCAAAGGACUUUGUUUUGCUUUGCAAGACAACUCUUAUCAAAAUUCUCAGGGAGAGGAGUUUUAACCAACAGAUGUGCUCUUUUCCCAAAGGAAAGUUUAACUUAUCAAGAGCUCACAGAAAUGCAUUCAUAACAGUCCUGCAUCUUGCAAUAUUGCUCUGGAGCUGUUUUCACUCCAUUAUUUCUCAGAUACUUGGUGCGUGGUUUUUUUUUAACCCUUGAGGGCUAUAAGGUGGUUGGUAUGAGUUGUAAUGGAAACAAAUAUAAUUUCUAUCUGCAAUCUGGUUUAAUUUCUAUCAUAGGUCCGAGCAUAUUCUAGGUUUGACCACUUCCAUAACUUUGUGGGUAAAGCUACAGUACACAUGGCAACCUGCAAGCCAGCUCGCAAUGCUAGAUGAGAAAUGUGUAAUUAGGAAGAUGCAUCUUCCUUUGGUAUCCUCUGUACAUGGUGCUUUUUUAUACAUCUGACUAUUUUGAUUACCUUACAAAUAAACAUAGCAGGUUUUUUCUCUUGCUGCUUAUAAAAAGGGUGGGUUUUGUUUGUUUGGGGUUUUUUGUUUGUUUGUUUUUUUGUUGUUUUUGGUUUUGUUUGUUUUUUAAAAGUUAUAUUCCAUAUGAGAAUACCACCAUACUUGGACCUCUCAGAGUAACAUACGAUAUCAUGUUCCUUACGGCACAGUUACACCUGAGAAUGGAAGUGAAUGCAUUUUUGUAUGCAUCUUGGUUCAGUUCUGUGCACCUAGAAAAUAAUUUUUACAAAAAUCUGCAUGAAAACUAUAACUUUUUUAUUUAAAAUGCUGUUGGAUAUAAAACCAUACUACAUUGUGGGGAGGUUUUAUGCAGGGAAAAGGCAAAUGUUAUAAACAGUAGGGUUCAACAAGCUGAAUAGCAAAUGUGCUGGAACAUAAAAGUAUUUUUACAGAUAAAAGGAAGCAUUGUCGCCAAAGAAGGAAGAUGCUGUAUCUGUAGGAUUUAAUAUUAUCUUGCUUUGGCAAGCUGUUUGCUGUAUUUGAGAUCAUAUUGCUAUUCCAAGCUAUUCGAAGUGAUGUAAUAUGGUGGCAAAGCAUUAGUUGAAAUAAAAACAUUUAAAUACA